AUGGACAAAAUCCGCGACAGCGGAAGAUACAAGAGAAUUACCCCACAAGAGGUCCUUGCAGCCUAUGAUUCGGGCGAAGAGAGACUCGGAGUAUGGACAAUGAAAUGCAUUGGCUACGACACUAAAUUCCAGCUUGAGCUCUACGAAAAGUUUCCCACUUGGGUUCCAGCACCGAGAAAGCCUCGCAAGAAGAAAGGAGAUACUGAAGGCAAAUCGAAGGGCAAGAAAUCCGUGAAACAAGAGAAAAGAAAGGCUGUUCCUGGCUCGACUGUUGUUUCUAAGAAGCGAAAGCGCAACAAACUCUCCAACUCGGAGUCGGACCUUACUGAACUUGAGAGUGAAGAUGAACCAGAACGCGGUGUGGAAGAGGGCAAGUCUGAGAGGGAGGAGGUCAAAACAGAAUACCUCGAUGCAGAGCCAGUGAAAGCAGAGGAUACGAAACCCGCAAAGAAGGUGGAAGAUAGUCCAGAGUCCCCAACUUUCAAGGAACCAGUAAAGCUGCAUCCUGAACAGCUCGAAGAAGAGACAUCUCCCACAAGAACAAAAAUUAUCAAAGCAUUGGCCUCAGAGGAGCGGGCUGCACUUGUUGAAUUGCCAAAAAAUGAGCCAGGGACAGAGUCGCACUCGGCGUCGCCGUCACCUGGUCUUCGCGAAGAUGUUGAGAUGAUUGAUUUGACGUCAGAUUCGGACGAGAAACUAUGCCCUAUGGCUGCUAUUUCCCCGGACACCGUUCUAGUCAGGCAAGAAACGCCAGACGUUAGCAUCAUACCGACAGACCCAUCGCCGUCCGCGCCUGAUAACCCUCAAUCUAGACGUCGUUUAAUUGCAGAAAUUAUUGUUCCGACGUGGGCUCAACUACAAGCAGACCGUAAGAAGUUUCACAAGAAGCUCCAAGACUUGAAAAAUCCUAAAAUCCACAAGAUUCAAGACCUGGAACUCGACCUCGAUACAGUCGCAUCAAGAAUAAAAGAAAUCGGCUUCGAUCCAUACCCGGUUGAUUUACCUGUCGACAUUAAGGAAUUCGCAGUCUCCAGAGACUUCCUGUCGAGCACGUAUGGUGGAAACAUGCAAAAAGCCUUCCCAACGGUUAGCAAGAAAUUCUUUCGGCGCCAUGGAAUGAACAACUUCGCAUUUGUUCAUCCACACUAUCAACCUGUUGGCCCAGAAAUGCCGGGGGCACCUGGUCUUUUUCUCUGUAGUGACGUCGACGAGGAUUUUCCUGGAAAUUACAGGGUAUUCACAAGGAUUGGGUCAAACAUAUGGCAGCUUCUAGGUAUUUAUGAGAUCAAACUCUCGAUCCGACCGUUCCUUACAGUCGCUGAAUGGGCCCGGCAGGAUCUUAAGGUUCGCAACACGUGGUACAGGCAAAUCUGCACCCAAGGUUGGGGUAUCAGCGUCUGUGCUCGUGUAAUCGGACGGAAAGAGCUUGGACGAGAACCGACUAAGAAAGAGGUCAAGAAGAUUGAAGAGAGUAAGAGGUAUAAGAACGUGACACCCGAAGAUAUUGCCAAGGCGUACAUGAGGGGAGAGGAGAAAAUGGGUGUCUGGACGAUGAAGUGCGUUGGCUAUGACAAGAAGCUUCAACAGGAACUCUGUGAGAAGUUCCCGCAUUAUGUACCGAUGCCCAGGAAGAGCAGGAAGGGUGGCAAGGCUGGUGUUAGAUCUUCUGGCGAAACCGGAAGGGGUAGCCGCGGCCGAAAGAGAAAGCGUUCAGAGUCUCCAGACUUUGCACAGGAUUCCGAGCUGGAGAGCGAAGACGAGAAGUCUUCAGGCGGAAAGUUCAUUCUGGUAUCCGAUGAAGAACAGGAGGAAGAGGAACUGGUUUACCGCAGUAGAGGCACAAAAUCACGCCCGAUUCACUUGUGA